CCACAUCCCGAUCACAUCUCAUCAUGCAAGCACCAAGCCUCCUGUUCUCGCUGCUCCUCGGAGCGCUUCUGAUUGGACUCUGUAUGUCUCGUCCGCCAAAGGUUCACCAACAGCGCCACCAACUCCGCCAAUCGGGUAACUGCAGCGAAGGGUCUUAUAUUUGCAACGACGGACGCUGCAUUCCCGAUUUCUGUAAAUGCAACAAAUGGAUAGACUGCAUUGGGGGAGAGGACGAGGUCGGCUGCGCCUGUGACCCGCUUGACUUCAAAUGCAACGACGGCAUUUGCAUCCUUCCCGAGAUGGAAUGUGACGGAAAUCUGAUGUGCCUUGGUGGGGAAGACGAGGCCGAUUGCGGUUGUCUGUCUGAUGAGUUUACCUGCAACGACGGAACAUGCAUCCCCGGUAGCUUUAAAUGCGACACAUGGACAGACUGCAGCGGGGGAGAGGACGAGAUCGGCUGCGAUAUCUUUGGCGGUUCGAAGAGAGCUACCAAGACAGGACGGAACAAAAUGAUGCAAAAGGUCAAGUCGAGGCCGUCGAAGAAGGCUCUGCGCAAGUGAAAUCUUGACAGGUAGCCCUGGACUGAGAUGACAACAUUGCUGGAACAGACAAUCCGAAUAUCAAAUUAUUUCUGUCUUAGUUUUAACUUCUAGCAAGCAGUUAGCUAUAUCCAUUUUUUUCCAGUUUGUGUGGGUAAUUUUAAAAAUGAUUCUACAAGUUGUUGGAGACUCAUUACUCAAAAUGAAAUGACCAGAUGCCUUUUAUACGCAUCUUUACAAAGAACCCAAACGUCUGGAUUGAAUUAUGUUUAAGGGCGAUAACCAUCUCACACCUGUUCCUUCGGAACAGAACAGAGAGGCUUCGCGUGGUAGCCUUUUAAGAGGCUAAUUCUUGCUUUGCACAAGGAGAUUUCUCUGUGCAUACCCUGUGGAACAAAACAAGAAUGGCCCGAAAGAUGACAUACAUGAAAACUUUAUUUACGCCACCCUUUUGGAGGGGGUUGAAACAUUAGGUCAAGAGAGAAUAUUUCCCUCACGGGGACGAGGUGGAUUCUAUCCUCUGCCGUUACGGUUGGGUUAUAGUGCAUGGAUAUUAUUACAGAACAACUUUACCAUUAAGACCUAAAAUCAGAGUUUAAGACCACCUAAAUUAGAGUUUAUGAAUUUUUCUUCCUUUAAUCAGCAGUAACAAAUCACAAUCAUCAUUCAGUUUGCCUUCUUUUAGUCCUGUUACUUCAGUUUCAAAUAAGUGACUUCAAAUUCUUAGAGAUGUAGCUAAUAAAAAACUAGUUAAAAGGAA